AAAGACGACGACGACACGGCAGCGGCAGCAGUAUCGAGAGCACGGGAAGGUGACGGGCCCCAGGUAGCCAUGCAGAUGAAGCUUCUCCAGCUCGGCAGACCCUUGUAUGAGCACUGGACCGUACACUCGGUCCCCAUCCUGCCGGACGCCUACUCGGCCUUGAGCUUCGCCAGCGAGCUGUACAGCAGCAUGGAGUCCGGGUCGUCGACCGACGGUCCGCUGGUCUGGGCCGCCCACCUAUCCUCCCGAGCCUACACCAUCAACGUCGGGCACCCGACCUCGAUCGACGGCGGAUCCCCGGCCGGGGCCAGGUCGGAGCUGGCCGGGUACAUGGGCCGGACUCUCCGGGCGCAGAUCGACGCCGUCAUAACAACUUCGGAAUGCCCCCCCGAAGCGAUGGCCUGGCUCGACACGGCUUUCAGGGAUUCCACCCUGGAUCUGGAGUGGCUCCCCAUCGUGACGAGCAUCUACGUGACUAGGUGCGCCUCCGUGUCGUCCCGGUACGACGGGCUGGUGACCGAGCUGCCCCGCGCCGGGGACGAGCUCGAAGCCCGGCUGGCCUCCAGGCCGCAUCUGGGCCGCCAGUCCAUCGACGUCUUCUGGAUGUCGAUGUACCAGUCCUGCAUGAUCAAGGCAUACCACGUCGCUCACCUACUGGCAAACUAUCUCGCUCACUAUACCGGCGGUGGCUGCAGCGAUGACGACGACGACGACGACGACGACGACGACACUGCUUCUGCUGCUUCUGCUGCUGAAAUUCAGGCUCACAGUGUGGCGUACCUGGAGAGGGUCGAGGACGGGUCGGCCAGGAUCCUGAGCUCGGCAACGAGGAAGCUAGCACACUUACGAGGGCAGACCGUCAGGUCGCCCAGCACGCUCCUCGAGGCGCCGAGGCUCGUGUGGCCCCUCACGGCUGUGUACACGAUCCCGUCCACGCCGGAAGCGCACGAGGACACGGCCUGGGAGCUCCUAUCGCUUACAGGGAAGGAGCUGGGCGUCAGGCAGGCCAUCAUGGUGCAUGCUGGUGCGUUCAACGGUAUGGUUCCCGAGAAGGCUAAUGCGCCGUUGAUAGUUGGAUGA